CUUUUUUGUCUCCUUUCAUUUACAACUCAAAAACCAAAUUGAUUUUGAAAUCUUUCUCCCUAUCUAUACAAGUGUUCUUGGUGAAUAUAUGCUAAAGGAUUAUUUUGUAAGUAUAUAUUUUGUGUCAUGGAAGUCCUCCAUCGUGCUGGAACAAAGAAAGAAGUAGUCCCAUCACUAAUUAGAUCCAUUGAUGCUAAUGAAAUUGAGGGAUUUGAUGAUAAUUUAAUGAAGCAAAAUGUGAUAGAUAUUGGAUUUAUGGAUACCGGAGGGAUUAAAAUCGAAUCUGAAUCCGAAAACUUGGAUAUUGUUCAUUUGCACCACCAUAGAACGCCUUCAAUUUCUAUAAGCAUGCCACCUUCUCCUAUUGAAGCUCACUUGCAAAAUACUAAAAAAGUUGCAUUUAGAGAUGAUGUUGAACUCGUGGCCAAAAAUAAACCGGCCACGAGUUCAGCUACUAAAUUUUAUUCCCAACCCAUGCCCAUGCCGGUCGGGCUGGAGGCCACUGGGAAAUCCCCAAACCGGCCUCCAAGAAAUCCCAAAAUCGAUAAACUAAAAGACGAAAGAUACAACUCGUUCAAAACGUGGUCCGGUAAACUCGAGAGACAAAUCUCGACUUUACGUGGAAAACCAACAGGUGAGUCACAAGUGAACACUCCACGCAGCGUGACGGCAGAUCGAUAUUUCGAUGCACUACAAGGACCAGAGCUUGAUACUCUCAGGCCAUCAGAGGAAAUAAUACUCCCAGAAGACAAAAAAUGGCCGUUUCUACUCCGGUAUCCGAUCUCGUCGUUCGGUAUAUGUCUCGGAAUAAGCAGCCAGGCAAUGAUGUGGAAGAAUUUAGCUUCAACAGCUUCAACACAUUUCCUUCAUAUAAGCCUAAAAGUGAACCUAGUGCUAUGGUUCAUUUCCGUGGCUCUUUUUGUUGCUGUGGCCACUGCAUAUAUUUUUAAAAUCAUUUUCUAUUUCGAAGCUGUUCGUCGAGAAUAUUACCAUCCGAUUCGAGUUAACUUCUUUUUCGCCCCAUGGAUCGCGUUACUCUUUUUAGCCAUUGGUGUGCCAUCUAGUGUGAUAAUAAAUUUGCCACAUUUUCUUUGGUAUAUUCUUAUGACACCUUUUUUUAUCCUGGAACUCAAGAUUUAUGGACAAUGGAUGUCUGGGGGGCAGAGGAGAUUGUCAAAAGUCGCGAAUCCGUCUAACCAUUUAUCCGUUGUUGGGAAUUUCGUUGGCGCAUUGUUGGGUGCGUCUAUGGGGUUAAAAGAAGGCCCGAUUUUCUUCUUUGCAGUUGGAAUGGCUCAUUACACGGUUUUGUUUGUGACUUUGUAUCAAAGACUUCCGACUAAUGAAACUCUGCCUAAAGAGCUUCAUCCGGUUUUCUUUCUGUUUGUUGCUGCUCCAAGUGUUGCUUCAAUGGCUUGGGCCAAGAUUAAUGGUUCGUUCGAUUAUGGGUCAAGAAUCGCUUACUUCAUUGCCAUGUUUCUCUAUUUUUCACUGGCUGUUCGAGUCAAUUUCUUUAGGGGAUUCAAGUUCUCGUUAGCGUGGUGGGCGUAUACUUUUCCAAUGACCGGAGCUGCAAUCGCAACAAUAAGAUACUCGAGUGAAGUACCUAACAUUGUGACGAAAUUUUUAGCAGUUACUCUCUCAACAAUUGCAACCUUAACGGUUUUUGGCCUAUUGGUAACCACCAUUGUGCACGCGUUUGUACUGCGAGAUCUUCUCCCAAAUGACAUUGCCAUUGCUAUCAGUGACCGAAAACCCAAACCUCACCAUAAAUGGUUCCAUCGGAGGACUGGAAGCUCCGAGAAAGACAUUGAAAAUUACCUUAAAUUUGUGACUUCUGAUGAGAAAGAUGUUGAGGUUUCUGUCGUCCCAAAAGAUGUUGAAAGCCAGGCUCCAUUGCCUUAAAUGGAUUAAGAAUUUACUCGUAGUAAUCAAGGUACAUGAAGAGACACUGUCGCAUAGCCUAAAUAUGCCGUUAAAAUUAAAAAAGUUUUUAGUAAUCAUACAAUGGAGGAAAUUUGGGUUCCAAUUUCCUAUGAUGUUGAAUGUGCAUAGAGGAUUAUAGUUUAAUGUUGUUGAGUUGUAAUUUUGUGAUAAUAAUGUUUAUGAUAUUUAAAGUUGCAUGUUUUUUUGAUUC